AGAUAAUCUAGCGCCAUCCACACUGCUCCUACAAGACUGGCUAUAUAGGCGGCAGGCAGUCAUCAUCCAGCCCUCUUUCUCUCUCCACUAGGCUCCACCUCUCAAUUUCCCUCCCUUUUUCUCUCUCUCUCUCUCUCUCUCUCUGUUUCUGUCUUUCUCUCCCAGCAUCACACACACACACAACACACACACUCUCUCCAAGACUCCCACUCCUACUCCAGAUGAGCGCAUCUCCUCAUCAGCGCAGGCAGAUUUGGAGCUGAAGGUGUGCUGCUGUUGCCAGUGAAGUGCCAUUUGGAAAAAGGAGGACUGGAAGAAACAUCUCUGGCUGAACAUACUUGCCACAUCAAGCUCGGCCCGGCGGCAGCGCAACUUGUCCGAAGCCCUUCCUGGGAUUGUGAAGAGGACCCGGUGAAGACAGCGUGCUGCCAGCAUCUGCCCGGCUGCCCAGCAUCGCCACGAUGAAUGAGAGUCGAAGGGAAGCGCUGGCAGCGGCGGCCCCCGUCCCCACCACCGCCUCCUCCUCCACGGCCGGCUCCAACACCACCAACAUGGCCGGACCGGGCACAGGCGAGAAGGACGAGGCCUUCUCUAAGCUGAAGGACAAGUUCAUGAACGAGCUGAACAAAAUUCCACUGCCAUCAUGGGCCAUCGUCUCGAUCGCCUUCGUGGCCAUCGUCCUGGUGUUAGCUUGCUGCUUCUGCAUCUGCAAAAAGUGGAUAUUCAAGAAGAAAAACAAAAAGAAGGGCAAAGACAAGGGCAAAAAUGCCAUUAACAUGAAGGACGUCAAAGAUGGAGCCAAAACCGAGGCCUUGAAGGAUGAGGAGGAUGCGGAGACAGGGCUGACUGAAACGGAGAAAGAGGCCGAGCCCAAGGAGGACCAGAAACUGGGCAAAUUACAGUACUCCCUGGAUUACAAUUUCACGGAGAAUACGCUCAUAGUGGGGAUCAUUCAGGCGGCCGAGCUGCCAGCUAUGGACAUGGGUGGCACCUCCGACCCGUACGUUAAGGUCUACCUGCUGCCCGACAAGAAGAAGAAAUUUGAGACCAAGGUCCACAGGAAGACCCUCAAUCCCGUCUUCAAUGAGCAGUUCACCUUCAAGGUCCCCUACGUAGAGCUUGGUGGGAAGACGCUGGUGAUGACGGUGUACGAUUUUGACCGCUUCUCCAAACAUGACGCCAUCGGUGACAUCAAGGUGCCCAUGAACAAGGUGGACUUCAGCCACAUAACAGAGGAGUGGCGGGAUCUGCAGAGCGCUGAGAAGGAGGAGCAAGAGAAGCUGGGCGAUAUCUGCUUCUCCCUGCGAUACGUUCCCACCGCUGGCAAGCUGACCGUGGUCAUCCUGGAGGCCAAGAACCUGAAGAAAAUGGACGUGGGAGGCUUGUCAGAUCCAUAUGUGAAGAUCCACCUGAUGCAAAACGGCAAGAGGCUGAAGAAGAAGAAGACGACAAUCAAGAAGAACACCCUCAACCCUUACUACAACGAGUCCUUUAGCUUUGAAGUCCCGUUCGAACAAAUCCAGAAAGUGCAAGUUGUUAUAACUGUUCUGGACUAUGACAAGAUCGGCAAGAAUGAUGCCAUCGGCAAGGUCUUUGUGGGCCUCAACAGCUCGGGGACGGAGCUGCGCCACUGGUCCGACAUGCUGGCCAAUCCCAGGAGACCCAUCGCCCAGUGGCACGUCCUGAAGCCCGAGGAGGAGGUGGACGCUCAGCUCUCCACCAAGAAAUAGGCAGGGCGCUUUCAGUACCUGCCUUGUAGUACUCUUUAGCCAGUAUGUGUAAAUACCUCAGUGAUAUAUGGGUCCAUCCAUGUAACCCCGCCCCCGCCUCCCUUUACCUCACCCCUCAGCCUCCCCCAGCUUUACUGCUCUCCUGAUUUCACAGUCCUGACUGUCCCACCACAUCCCAUUCUGCUUCUUUUCUAUCAGGUUCUUGCGUUUUAUUUUUCGUUACUCUUUGAUUUAGCAGUUUUUGAUUUCCAUCUCUAAGCCCUUAAUUGCCCCCGACCAAAUGCCCCCUUCUUUUAAGCAAUAUGAUCUGUAUAGAUAGCGCAUGACUGAAAGAAUUUAUUGUACCACAGUUGUAUAUAUAAGUAUGCAGACAAAAAUGAUUUCUAGUUUAUGUGUUUGUAUGUUGUUACCCGUUUCCUAAUCUGUGUAUAUCUUGAUGUUUUUAAUAAGAUGUUCUAUUUUAAAUUAUGUAAAUGCAGAUAUAGAGGAAAGCCAAUAUUAUAUAUCCCAGGAUUUAAAAAUUCUACCUUAUUACCUUAUUGCAUUCCAGAAAAAAAAUUAAUUCCAACUUGCAAGACACUAGUGGAAAUAUAUUCACAUCGUAAAGGACGACGUCUGACUUUAAGUUCAGAAAAAGGAUCAUCACAGAAAAGACAAACGGAUGAAUAUAUUCACACAAAACUCCAAAAUACAAGGCCAUUAACUACUAUGGUUCUGUGGGAAAAAUUAUGCUGCUGGAAAUUAUACAAGCACAUGAUUUCUUACGACUUUUUGUACUUAUUUCUCAAUCAGAGGACCUAUGUGUUUAGCUUGAUGCACAAAAACUAUAGUCACUGCAAACCAGUUAGCAUUUCAUUUCGUCAUAUUUGGCAGUUAAGUGAAAUAGGUCCUCAACUUUCACUUCUACUGGCUCAUUUUAUUGCCUCCCAAAAGAUUAAGUUCUUAAUCCUUCAGAAACAGACCCCCACUUGAGAAAAAAAGCACCAAGCUGUAGCCAUUGUGUCCUUAAACUCGUUUAACAAUAUUUUGUUAACUGCUUACUUUAAACAGCCUUGUCGUUGUUGGACGUAUAUCGUAUUUAGGCCGGGCUCUGAUCUUUGAGAGGGAGUUUUAGAGAAAAAAACAAACACAAAGAGUUGCGGCUCUGGUUUUAAGAGGACUAUUUUUUAGAGCAAUUCAGCGUCUUGACUAUUUUUAGUAAACUGCAUGAUUUUUUUUACAAUCUUUACUAAAGGCUGGGACGGGGGGAGAUCUACCGACACCAGGGGAAGCUCUUCUAGUACGAUCCCCUUGCCUUCAAUCAGAGAGGACAUAAAAAAAAAAUAAUCAAGAGUAAUGUUUAAACUGGUCAAUGUAAUAUUGACGGAAGUGAGGCGAGUUUCUAAACACUGCCAUUUUCAGGGAGGUGACUUAUGUAGAGGCCCUCUCUUCAUGCACACUCCCACUUGCUAGUGGUUGUAGCUUUGGUUUAUUGGGAACAAUGUCUUUGGCUGCAGUGGUGCCCUGAAUCGCAGUCUUUGCUUUACGUUGCCUUCUCACAGUGACAAUAGAGCUAGCCAUGUUUUACUGCCAAUUUUAACUUUUAUGUGGCUGCUGUUUUGCACUGGAUGUCUUUGAAACUAGCUUGUUGACUUUUUUCGUAACCGUUUUUUGGACGAUCGUUGGCUGGCUUUAUUUGAGGACACCUGCGGGGGGGAGCCAGAAAUCCUCCUGCCGGUUCGGCUUAAUUUAAAGAAAAAAAAAAAGGGGGAAAAAAAAAGAAAGCAAUGAUGACAAAUCAGCCAACGGCAAUUACAUCAGUUUCGUUUUCUUGUUGGCGCAGGAUUACACCAGGAGAGCACGAAAUAACCGUACAAGUUAAUGGUCUGCGUAGGCUAUUAGUCCAUCAUGUCCUUUACUACGGGUCCAAUUAGGAAAGGAAUAAGUUUUAAUCCAUGAAAACCAUGAAGUCUCUUAUCUUGGAGGAACCUCUUGCAUAUACUCGAUGCUAGCUUCAGGAGGACUUUCUAAAUGUUUUCAAUGUUAUUGUGUAGGUGAUAGCACUAUUAUGAAAAAGCUACUUGUCAUUCCAUAGGAGUCUCUGAGGACUGCUUUGUGUAUCACUGUGACUGCUGUGUGUGCUUAGAGAUGUAGACUUAUCAGUAGGUAGCGAAAACAGUUUGUUCUGUAGUGAUGUCGUAGCGUUUAAUGCCAUUUUCCCUUCUACACGCAGAGAGAGAGAGAGAGAGCGAGAGAGAGAGAGAGCGUGACGUUGCCCGACGUCACGCAACCCCAAAAAAAAAAAAACCAGCGUUUUAUCCGAGCGCGAGCGGGUCGCUUCACCCAGCAUUUUGUUGAGCACUGUGCAAUACUUGUAUGUUCAUCCCAUAGUGUUAACGUGGGUGGCGUCGCCCGAGGAUUUAAAAAAAAAAAAAUAAAGCUAAGAUGAGUCCAGAGAGAUGUUUCUCCUUUCCAGUGAGAUGGUUAGGACACAGCACAUGUAGAUUCAGCUUAUAGGUUGGAGCUUGACACCUGUCGACCUUCUCUUUAGGGUUCCCUCCCCUUUUUCGCGGGUUCGUUUUCUCUUCUUGCACACAGUUCCAGCAUCAGAAGUUUCAGGGAGUCUUCGUAAAAUACCAAACAAGAUUCUGCAUUUAGAUAUCCCCUUAAAAAUGCCAUGUAUAUACUCACAUAGUCAUGUCAGAAAUGUAUAUCUAGACUAUAAAGUGACAUGAAUAUGAUUAUUCAGCCGUAAAUAUAUCGUUGAUCAUCAUCAAAUCAACAUCACAAUCACAACGUUUUUGUUUUUGUUUUUUUUUUUAUUUCUUACCUGCCCUGUUGAUUCAAAAACUCCUUUUAUAUUUGAGAUGAAAACUCUGAAUGUACAGUACGGACUGUGUUGGUGUAGAUUACUUUAACUGUGAGAUUAGAUGUACUUUGCACUUUUUGUUGUAAAAAAAAAAAUUAUAAAUAUAUAGUAAUUUUGUUAAUAUUUUUUCAACUAUUAUGAAUUCAUUUCAUAGCCCUUCAAGGGGUAAAACCUCCCCUGUCUGAUAGCAUUCCAAAAUCAUUGAAUAUCCUUUAGUACAGCUGCAUUCCCAGUCCCUCUGUCCGACUGAGGGGUUCUUUUAUUUGACAUGUUUUACAUACGUAGAUCCAUGAAUUCCAGUACAGCUUCAGAUUUAAAUAAAACAAUGGAUUGAAUUCAAAGAUAAAAUGGCCUGAGCAAUUUGAUCUAAAUUCAGAAAGGUUGUACUAAAGGAAUUGUCUGGUCAAAGCUGAAAGAAAAUCAAAUCAGAAAUAAAGUGUGUAAACCUGUCAGGGAACUCAGUAAUCGGCAGCAUUGCAGAACCCAUCGGAUUGCGGGGUGUGUGGAAAAACUACAAAGCAAAAGCCAUUACCUGCACUCCAACGCAAUGCUGCUGUCAUUUACGAUUCCCUACCAAAGCACGCAUGCAUAAUCAAAUCCCCAAAUUGUCCUCUUGUGAUAAAGAAAUCUUAUCAAGCUCUCUGUGUGACAAGAAACUCCAGAUUCUCUCCAGUGACACCAACAAAAAGCCACGCUGACCUUUCAAAAGCAAAGCUGUGUAAAGUAUUAGAAUCUGAUGCUGUAGAAAGAUCCUAGUUGCCUUUGUGUGUAUCAACUGCCUGCUUGAGUAUUUUGUGUGUGGAAACUUUUCUCUGUAAUCUCGUAGAACUGUUUGGGGUGUUUUUCCUGCCAUAUCGCUCGCGGUGACGGCGAGUCGCUGACAGUUAUAUUUGCUGUGUAUACCUUCAUUUUUGAUGAGGUGUUUUACAGUUUUGUUUCACUUUGUGUAGUGAUUCACUCUGUGGAGUUUUCUGACUGUUGUUAUAUAACUUCAUAUACACAAAUGAUCAAUAAAAAUGUUUUAUUUCCUGUUGA